AUGUCGCAGAACCCAUCUGCGUCUCGUCCUGCAUCAAGGUCGCCAACCGAUGGUCAUAGGACUGCGUUGCCAUCUAUUCAAGUUCGAGAUGACCUUAGACAAGCCGGCAGACCGGUAGAGAGACAGCGACCAGUAUCCGCGGGGAGAGGAUUUCAAGGACAACCGUCACCUCAGAGAGUGAGAGAUCCUCAACCUGCGCGACCCGUAGAGAACUGGCGAGGGCCUGGAGCUUCAAGAGAUCUUGGAGUUCACUCGAUUCUUAAUCCUUCAGAACCAGAACCCAGGAGCGCAACCAGUCAACGUCCGGGAGGUUCAAUCGCUGGCUCGCCAUUAUCUGUAGUAGGCCCUCUUUUUGGUGCUAGUCCUUCCAGGACAAUCUCAAACACAUUUCCAAGCUUACAGCCGGCUUCAACCACUCCACCGACAGCAGAGGGUUAUCCUGCGCCCUAUCCGCAACCGCGACGGAUUCUCACUCCAAGAUCUCCAUCGCGAUCCCUGAGUUCUAGUCGCGGUCGAGGUAGAGGUACCAUCGAUGCUCAGCGAUCCCCAUUUUUACCGUCCAGAGGACGGGCCUAUACCACUGAAACAGAGCAGUUGUCAGGAUCACCGCCAAUUCCAGCCACUACGCAAUCCCAACAACACUACGGAUUCCCGUCAUCUGCGAACCUUCCUGAAGAUCGAAGGACGAGCAUGCCUUCUAUGAAUGACCCAAGACUAGCUCCAUUGUCUCAAAGCGCAAGUCCUAGUGUUUCGGCGUCGUCUUUGAAUCCGUCGUCAGCUCAAACUUCGCCAGCAUCUUUCCUAUACAGCAAAUCAGGACCGGGGCAAGCGCCUGCGCAGUCAUCCUCUUAUUUUCCUGGAUCCAGUUUUGCGACAUCGGUGAACCAAACUCCUGGUAGUGGUGGAAUAGAAGGAAUGCAAUACCAGGGGACCCCAGAAGGUCCGUACAGCGCUCCCGCUUCCCAGACUCCCGGUGGCAGUAGUUCUCUCAAUUCCAACAAUGCUGGCAGCUCAAGGCAGACGUCAGCAAGCGAUCCAAUACAGGUCUUGACGAUUACUACAUCGUCAGGACAGUAUCAGGUACCUGUGGAUGUACACCAAGCGUCAAAGUUAGCUGACGAGAAGCGUGCGCGCAACGCAGGAGCCUCAGCGCGAUUCCGUCAACGUAGAAAAGAAAAAGAAAAAGAUGCUUCGAUCAGUAUCGAAAAGCUACAAACAAACACCAGAGAGCUAGAAAGAAGGCUUAGAGAGACCGAGCAAGAAAGGGACUUUUACCGCAGCGAAAGAGAUAGGUUUCGGGAUGUAGUAUUUCGCACGCCCGACAUGCGCCAUCUUGCUAUGCAGACUCCACCCAGUCCGCGUACUUUACGGGGCGGCACUUCAUUUGCACCUCCAGGACAGCAGCUAGCAGGACCAACUCCUCCGACUCAAGGCUUCAACCCCCAUCCGCAACCGUCAAUGAACGAUACAGCGCCACGAAGAAGGAGAAUCAACACGCAGGGCGAUUAUGCGACUUCACCUUACUCUAACUCGCCACCUUCGACGCUACCACCAGUGCAAAAUCCCGGCUAUGCAACUGGUCCGCCGCAAGGUUCACAGAAUCUUCCUCCGCUACGUCUGGAGCCACCACAAGCGACGACGCAAAGCAUUGUCUCGACAGGACCACCUAGCGCUACUUUGGGGCCUCAGCAGCAUUACCCGCCGUAUGCUGGAAGACAAGGACCAUAUGAUCCUGCCAGGCAUCCACCACCUGGAGACAGCAAACAUCGCUAA